AUGGCUAACGCCUACACCGAGGGCCAAAGCAGCACCGUCGACCGCAAAAGGGGAAGGGGCCGGCGGCGCAGCAGCCGGAAGCUAGCUAGCAGGUCGAGAAGGCCGGCCGGAGGCAGCUGGGAGAUUGCAGGGCACCACAGCCCCUCGGCGGCGUCGGCCCUGGGUGAAAAAGACAGGCUGGUGGAGUAUCUCGUGGGAUCAGUUCCCGGCGGCGGCCAUGCCGCGACCUUGGGCGCUGUGCGGGACUUGUUCAUCAAGUUCCGCCACCAACGAAUCCCCUGGGUCCGCAUCUACGAGUCAACCCCGGCUCGGCAGCAGCAAUCCGGCGGGCUGCUGACCCAGGAUUGGGACGGAGACGCCGCGGCGGAGGGAGCCAAGGUGUUCUUCACGCUCAUCAGCCCAAAGAGGGGCGGCGCCAUUAGCAGGAAGCCCCAAGUUGCUAUCUGCCUGCUUCAUCCGACCAAAUAUCUCUACUCCUAAUGAACGACAGCAUUAUACAUCUUUCGAGGAUGGUUCCCGGGAGGAACUCAAGCAAACCUGGGCGCGGAGCAAUAUCAAGAUCCCGAUGUUUCUGGAUCCGUGAGUGGUUCACGUGCUGAUUACACCACUAUUCCGUUUUAUAGCAGUGAGUUUGAACACACUAUUUAUGGCCAGCAAUCGAUUUAUUCCUCCGGGGAUGCUCCGCCACCUCAUGAUGCAUCUCUGGAUGCUAUUUCUCGCCACCUGUUUUCAGAAAGCAACUCAACGCUAGAGUUUGAUGGACAGUAUUCUCAUGCUGAUCAAAUAUCAAUCCAGAAUGACUACUACUAUACCUUGAUUGGGAAUUAUAACAUGCAUGCUAUAACUCCAACCCAGGAUAGCAUGUUGAAUCCAUAG